GGAGGAACAAAACGCAAGGCGCAACAAAACGGGGAGAGAGUGUUCCCGAAGGCGACCACGGAUCCGCAGGAGGAGAGGAGUUUGGUGACCGGUGCCGAACGGGCCAGUAUUCACGCCAGUAUGCCAAUCGAAUGCCGGUAGACGACCAAUAUAUAUAUAUAUACUCGCCGUCACCGAUAGCCAAUUAAUAAGUUACUUAGAUAGAUCAAUUACAGUAGUCAAUAAUAUUGUCGGCCAAGUGAAAGAUACGCCGGUUAAACGCGGCUAUAACUACAGCGGAAACGCGAACAAGCCCGCAUUUUUCUGUAAGCAAUAAGGAUCGCGUCUCGCGAAUAAACACGCCCCACGCACUUAUCGCGCUUCUCUAUCAACGACAAUAAUUUCUAACGCCGUUUCCUUGUCCCGCGUCGUCGAAUUCGGGAGAAGCACAAGUAAGAAGGGAGCGGAGUCCCCGGAUCUAUAGUGCGUAAUCGCGUAAUCGUGAAGUGCGACCGACUGUUUCUCGCGCGGCUGUGGAGUGCGACGAAGGACAGUCUGCGACGCAGAAGUGGAUGCGGACACCACCCCGGCGGCGAUCACCACGGUGGCUGGAAACGCUGACUUACAUCGGGAGCGCCAACGUGCAAUCAAGGUUCAUGGUUUUCAUGGAGGAGAGCGAGCUCUCGAGCAAGCGGUGGGCCAGUGCGCCCCGCCGCCCGGACAGCCCCUGCGUCCUGGGGGCACCGACGUCUAGGGAGGCGGCGGGACCGCCGGUGCAGCUGGAGCCAGUGGACCUGUCCGUGAAAACUCCCGUGGUGUUGCAGGUGCCACAAUACAAGGCACCACCGGCGGUGAUAAUUAACGCCAUCGCAAGAAGAGUACCGUCACCCUCGACGACGCCCACGCCGCCGCCGCCGCCGCCACCCCCGCCGUCGUCGCUGCUCUGCGUAUCUACCGCGUCCCCAUCUUUGCCAACGUUGGGCGAAACAGCGUGGGACAGAGAUCACGGUCGUGAUCGGAGCCGGGAGAGAAACCGGGAGCGCGAGCGCGAGAGGGUGCGGGAGAGGAGCGGCGAGAACGAGAGGGAACGCCAUCAGCAGGAACGAGAGCCCGCGAUCAGGGAGCGGGAGGCGCGGGAUCGGGAGAGGGAGCGGGAUCGCGAUAGGGAUAGGCAAAGGGACAGGGAGAGGGAUCGGGAGAGGGACCGGGAAAGGGACGUGUCGGUCUGCAUGAUGGAGCCACCCGAUCUCUCGUCCUUCAUCUCCCCGUCCGCGGCCCUUCUCGCGUUGCAGAGGAUAAAGGACGCGUCUCUCGUGUUCCACAAACGUCCACCGCUAGCGGCGGGUAUCGGUUUAGGGGGUAGAGGAAAUGCCAGCGUUGGCGGAAACGGCGGCAGUUUAGGUGUCGACGGCGAAUGCGGCGACGCGCUGAAGAGACGCAAAGUUCACAGAUGCGACGUCGCCGGCUGCGACAAGGUUUACACGAAGAGCUCGCAUCUAAAGGCACACAAGAGGACUCAUACCGGCGAGAAGCCGUAUCAGUGCACGUGGGAAGGUUGCACGUGGAAAUUCGCACGAUCGGACGAGCUGACACGGCACUAUCGCAAACACACGGGCCAAAAGCCGUUCAAGUGCCAUCUCUGUCAGCGAUCGUUUUCGCGAAGCGACCACUUGUCGCUCCACAUGAAGAGGCACUGAUGGUGAGGACCGUCUAGAACCGCGCGAUGCGAGAGAGAAAGCGCACGCCGAUCAGGCAGGAGGAAAUGGAGGAAAGCUGGAGAACGGUCCUCGGUAAUCGGCUAGCGAUCCCGAGCGAUCCUACGUGAAAAACGACGAAGAUAUUUCUUACAUUUGGGACCUGAAGAGCCGCGCCGUGCGCCGGCCCGUUCCGAGUCUUAGAGAUCGGACCGGUCGGCCAGGUGGGCAGCAACUAGGAAAAAGAGAAGAUAAAUCGACGAAGCACACAAAUCGCGUUCAUUAGAUUUAGCGCUUAACCGCGAGCUAUAAGCAAUCACGCCGAUCAACUUUGGUAGGCUGAUUCUCUUCGGUGCUGUCUCUCGUAAGCCUCUCGACGGGAUCUCUUCGGAAAAGAAUAGGCCACAGGCUGCGAUAAUUGGGUCGAUGUAGGAAUUAUGAGCGUUUAAUAAUCGCGAAGGGAGGUAAUCGUUUUACCAAUUGUCGGGCUUUAACGAUGGCGCAUUUGCCGCUUUAUGCUUUAGAGGAAGGAACGAUCCGUUUGCGUGAUCGAGAUCGCCUACAGAUUUGGCACGAUGAGAGACGUCUCGUUACAUAUAUCCGUUCUCUUCUGUGUUUCUAGCCAAUUUUUACUCGUUCGAUUUUCCAGUUUGUUUUCUUUUUUAUAUAUAUAUAUAUAUAUAUAUAUAAUAUACAUUUAAUUAAGGCCAGCUCAACUAGUCUAGAGCAUCAUAUAUCGUAUAUGUAUCGCGAAGAAGAGAGCCAGUAAUAAUGAAUAAAUAAAUAAAUUAAUUAACUAUGGUAAGUAAAUGGUUAGCAUGUAAGAGUUAAAGAAUAUAUCGAACUCCGGUGACGGAGCUUGGGACUUAGCAUGCUCAGUUAAAUAAACUACAAUCGUGAUCGUAGACACUACGUAAAGCAUUGAUAGAGCAAUUUUUCGAUUAUGCACAAAGAAUUUCGCGUUUAGAGACGGACAAUCAUUAAUGUUUUAUUACGUAGUAAUGAAGCGGGAUAAAGAAACAUCGGCAUACCAGAAGCCAGUAUUAUUACGUAACAAGCAAUAUCUGAUGGCUUUAUUAGUACGAUGUUUUCGAGAAAUUUCUUUUUAAGACGCAAAAAGGGAUAAUUUUUGGUCGUAAUUCGCAAGUCGUCAAAUUUGGAUUCCGCGUGUAAAGGUGCCAAAGUAGAAGGUGCAAUCACAAGAUAUAUCGUUAAUACCGCGUGCUUUACGAAAAGAAAGCAGCAUAAUCGAGUAAAUUAUUCUUUUUUAUCGCGCUUUGGGAUUUUCGAUCCUGAUUGCAUUGGCGUGGAGGUGCAUCUGCAUUCCGCGUAGACGAUAGUGACAGAUGUUAUUUCGUACUUUACGUGGGCAUCCUGAAAACUCAACAGCUCAAUAAAUAUCCGCAGGGCGCCGAAAUGUAUGCUCAAACACCCUGCGUUGAUUGUCGAAGGAACGAAUCACUUUUCACAUGUAUUUAUAUCGUUCUUCACGACUUUUUGAUUACAAAUAAUGAUUUUAUCAGGAUGCUUUCACACGUUGCAUUGGUGAUUUUGGGAUUAUUAAUUCGUAUGGGAGUGCAAUUUAGUAAUUAUAUUUUAAAAAUUAUUUAAUUAUUUACUAUUGCAUAUUAAUUAGUAAAUAGAAAUUAACUUACAUAUAAUUAUUUGUAAUUUUGAUCAGUAAUAUUAAGAGCACAAAAAUGCAUAAUGUGAUGUAUAGAAAACUUAUAUUUACUGAAGUUGAGAAGAAAAAAAAAUAGAUUGGCUGUUAGACAUUAUAGGUACCGAAAA